CCUAAUAGAACGGCGGCAACGGGUUGCCGCGUAUUUGUUCGAGUGGGAACUGACAAAGUGACUUUUAUUACCGCCGAAGGGCGCCCUGACGCAGGUGGGCGAAGUUUGUUCUGGAAAGAAGACUGCGGGAAGCGUGUAAAAGCCACCUCAUCCAACACCAGUCCCGCACAACCGUCAGGAUGAUGUCCGAGGCUCAUACUAACGGCACUUUCCAGCACGAUUUCAGUGAAACGAUCUUCCGGGACCUUCCUCAUGCGAUUACGGCGUGCAUUUUGGGUUUUUUGGACAUCAUCACUCAACCGCGGAUAAGUGGGGUGUGUGCACUCUGGAAGCUUCUUUGUGCGGACUGUGGCGUCGACCGGCAUAUCAUUUUCGACAUGCGCUCCCAGGAUGCACCAAAGCCAGGACAUCGGAAAGGUGCCACCGAAUGGGCUUAUUUGACGUACCAUUUUAUAUCCAUGCUUGACCGCAUUAUUACUCCACUCACACGCACCCUGGCCUUCGUUAGCGGUGAACGGAAUAUUUCCAUGGUGAGCAUGUGGCCCAUCCGGCGCAUCUUGCAGUUCAAGAGGAUCCGCGUCCCAUCGAUAAUCGGACAGAACAGCCGUUAUAGCGCGCAUCCCGAGGCCUGGACCUUCCGGGAUUCCUGCCUGAACUCUUUGAAUGAUACCAGCAAUUACAGUAUGCUGUCCGACAGUGGACUUGUGUGCGAACAGCUCAUCCUACGAAAUUAUACGUCUCAGUAUUACGGUACAAACAUCCUGAUGGGAUGGUUUUCGCGUCAUGCAAACCGCUCGACCUGGCCGCAACAGGAAGACAGGUUCCGACGGAGAUCCAACAAAUUCCGUCGGUUUGCGGUUCUACCUUGCCUACGGAUCCGAUCAACAGACACGGCUGCGGAGCAGGGCCGGUGCUAUCUAGCUGCAGUCAACGACCAGUGCCCGGCCGUUAGUUUACGAGUGCGGGAAAAAAUUGCCGCCGUGCUGGCGCGCUGGGUGCGGACGCUGGCCUAUCCGGACGAUUGGGCCGAUAUUCGCGUGUUUCUUAAUGUGUUCAGCAGUUUCUAUCCGGAUGACAGUCCACAGCGAUGGGACGUUGACUUGCGGGAACUGGAUGUCACUAUGCUCAGUAAUUUGGCCGCGCAUCUUCUCGACAGCCAUUAUAAUGGUUAAGCCAGGAAUGAACUUCUGAUUUACCAAAAACAGAUCCCCAUUUUAUUUGCCUGUAAUAUCUAGGAUGUACAGAGUACAGUAAUGUACUAACGUUGUUUUCUUAGGCGUCGUCCCGAAUUCAAAGCGAAUCUCGUUGCGAUACAGCAACUCCGCCUCGCGAGGUGGCUUCGCGUACCGUAUCUGUAGG